AUGGCACCUGCCAUGGCUCGUUCCACUUCAUCACUCAUGUCGGACGUUCAUGGAACUACACACGGCAAGAAACAUUGGAAGAAUAAACCGCUUUUUCGCCGCGGGGGUGACAAGCGGUUCCGCAAUGGUCAAGAGGCUGCUGAUAUGCUGAUGGACGAAGUUAUUCGUCGUGAUCCCAACCAGAACGAGUAUGUGCAGGCUGUGCAGAAUUUUGUCAAUUCCGUCGUGCCCGUUUUUGAUCGAUAUCCAAAGUACGCAUGGGUAAUGAAAACAUUGAUGGAGCCCGAGCGUGUGAUCCAAUUUCGUGUCCCAUGGAUUGAUGACGAAGGUAGCAGUCGUGUGACCCGCGGCUUUCGUGUGCAAUUCUCGAGCGCUCUUGGUCCGUAUAUGGGUGGCCUACGGUUCCAUCCAGACACAACUCAUGGCACUGCCAAGUUUUUAGGCUUUGAAACUAUUUUUCGUAACGCAUUAGCGGGUCCAUACGGCGGUGCACACGGUGGUUCAGAUUUUAAUCCAAUGGACAAGAGCGAGUCAGAGAUCAUGCGCUUUUGCCAGAGCUAUAUGACAGAACUGGCUAACUACAUUGGUCCUCAUACAGAUGUUCCCACUUCUGGUGUUGGUGUUGGCCCACAGGAGAUUGGAUAUAUGUUUGGACAAUACAAGCGACUGCGUCAACUACACCCUGGAGGGACAGAAGGAAUUUUAAGCGGAGGUGCCUACCACUAUACUCAAGUUACGGGUUAUGGCGUUGCACACUUUGCUAAUCGCAUUCUUAAGUCUCGUGGAGAAUCAUUCAAGGGCAAACGUUGUCUGAUCUCGGGAAGUGGCACGGUGGCUCUAAACGUGGCACACAAGUUGUUAGAUUUGGGUGCUAUUCCGAUUGGUAUGAGUGACAACUUUGGCUAUGUAGUUGAGGAACAAGGCUUUUCACGCAAGGGUUUGGAAGAACUCAAACGUAUUAAAAAGGAGCGCAAUGCACGUCUAGGUGCUUACAUCAUGUCAUCCACUACUGCCAACUAUUAUCCGAGUGAAGAAGGUCGUCUUUGGGAGACUCCUUGCGAUUAUGCCUUCCCAUGCGCGAUACAAAACGACGUGGAUGCUGAGGCCGUGCGUUUGCUUGUCAAGAAUGGCUGCAAGGGUAUCUUUGAGGGUGCCAACUUUCCCUGCACGGACGAAGCCAUCAACAUUAUCAAGCAGCACGGUCUUGCCUUCGGUCCGAACAAAGCGGCGAAUGGAGGUUCUUUUGCGCUGAUUAACAAGAACAUUGGUUCAUCAACGCAGCUGUCCGACAGCGAGCUGGACAAGAUUGUGGAAGAGUACAUGCACAAUCUUCACGAUCGCGUAGCAGCUACUGCGGAGGAGUUCAAUGCGGCGGGCGACCUUCACGUUGGAUCCAACAUAACGGCGUUUAUGAGCGUAGCGGCUGCAAUGUUCCGUCAAGGCGUAGUGUAA